AUGUCUACCUCUGCUGAAGAAAAAAUUUCGGUAGUAGCUAAAAACAAAGUAAUUUUAUGUUGUGUUUUUUAUUUGCUUCACCAAUAUCUCAUUUCUUAUCCUGCAGAAUCUUUGAAAAGAAAUAUUGAGAGGGUUGUCAAGGAAGUAGAACUUAGACGUAAAGUAAAAAAAGUAUGUUAUUUUGCUGAAGCAUGGCUCAGUUCACCAGGUAUUGUUAUGGAAACUGAGAAAGGUCAGGCAUUAAUAUCCAAAUAG